UCAUCAGAAUCGUCUGGGGCUCCGACACGAAGAAUGUCAGUGUGUAUGUGUGUGUGUGUUCAGUAAUUUAUCCGCUUUGAUGAACCAGCGUAUGACAGCUCCGAGCCGGGGCCUGCUUUCUCCUUCUGUAGCCGUGUGACAGCCGCAGGAGACUGGACAAAUGUUAUAUUUCCGCGUUGAUUUGCAUCGUGUGUCUUGUAUUGCAACAUAGAAGCGAAGCAGUGUCUACGUUCCGUUGUUUCCUAAAGGUCAGUGCGGUGAAAUUAAUUACUGAACAAAUAACUACAAGUUCAUGAAAAUUCUUAUUUAAAGGGAUAAGUUUCUUGGCUUUUACCCGGCCUCCGUUAAUGGCAAGAAGGUUUACGUACGUUGGACGAAGAUUAAUAAAGAGCUUCUUCAGUGUGACAGCAACACAGAAUGAAAUUCACUGAAUGCUUUGUGUCAAAUGGGUAAGAAAUGAGUGCAUAUGGACCCAGAAUAUAGUGCGUAAGCUAAUGUGACAUUAAAUUUAAAUUACGAAUUCAUUAACUAUUUACCAUUAUAGAAGAAAGAAAUAUUUGCGUUGAAAUUUCAAAAUUCUGCAUCAUUGCAAGAAGUGUGUGACUGGACAGAUACGAGACCAGGCCUGCCGAUAGGACCUCCACAUGUGUAGUAACUUAAUAAUGGAUGGUACGGAAGUGGUGCAGAGUAGCAGCACCAAGUCAGAUGCGAGUCCUCUGUCCUCCCCAUCAUGUGCCACGAACAACAAUGGAACGGCUUUGGAGGACGGUGAAGACGACGGGGACAUCAGUGUGGGCUGUCCGUCUCCUGCUCCGUCAGGUCCCCAGCAGGUGGACACGUCCUCCAGCAACUCGUCCUCGUGCUUCAGCAGCACGCGGACAACUGUGGCCGAACAAGACACCCACAGUGAGGAGACCCUUGACGAGGAUGACUACUUCAAGCCCCUGAAGAAGCUCAAGAUGAUUCAGAUAAACAAAGUUGCUGUCGCCUUGACGACGAGCCGUAAACAACCGCCGACGAAUGUGACAGUUGCUGCCCUACCGGCGUCCAGGCACAUAAAUAGCAAUCAGGCUACAGGUGUUAAGUCGUUUUCGAUCCUGGACAUUCUGAACCACAGGCCGCGGACUAACACGAACGAGCGAGCAGUCAGUGAGUCCAACUCGGCGCGAAUCGUAAGGCCGUGGGACCUGAACACGACGAACGGCGUCUUAUCACCUCCGCCUCUGCAUCACCGCCCCAAAUCCGCGGACAUGUGCUACGCUAGUGAAACCCUAAGCUCAACAUGUAGCAGCGGACGCUCCAGCACAGCUGGAAGUAUCGCCAGUGAUUGUUGUACCAGUCCUGAUAUCAUCAACUGCACCAUUAGCAACAGCCCUACCACGUCAGCUGCACAGGUGAGACACCGUGCGGCGGUUGUUGCACAGCACCACAGGCACUUCUCGACGGCUCAAAGAGCGACGUCAUCGGGAAAGGGAUCCUCGGCGUCGAGUAGCGGGAAGACGCCGAACACGUCGCCGUUGGACGCGCUCUUCCAGAUGACGAGCAAGACUUUCGAGGAGUUAAACGGAGAAGCCGUGUCGGACGGACAAGCAAACCACCUGAACCUCUUCAACAACCGCCAGCAAGCCAAGAAGAAGAGGAAAUCGCGGACCGCUUUCACCAACCACCAGAUAUUCGAGCUGGAGAAGCGGUUUCUCUACCAGAAAUACCUGUCGCCCGCCGAUCGGGAUGAGAUCGCGGGUCAGCUGGGCCUCAGCAACGCACAGGUCAUCACAUGGUUCCAGAACAGGCGCGCCAAGCUGAAGCGAGACAUGGAAGAGCUCAAGAAAGACGUAGAGACAACCAAGAUACUAACAGCUCAUAAGUCCUUCUUAGAAAACGUACAAGACCUCGGUAUCCUGAAGAAAAAAUCAUCUGGAACCUCUGUAAUGAUGCCUGACGAUAAAGGUAUACCAACAUUGGCGAUAGUGUCAGAGAAAUGAUAUAACUAUUAAGGUUUCAUGCGUUAUGAACAAGGACCAUCUUUCCUAAACGUUGCUUUGGUAUACUUAUAUGGAUCUUAAUCGAAGUCUGUGAUGUUUGUCAUAGCUAUUGAAUAAUAUUAUAAAUUUGGGAACUGUAUCUAUGUGGAUGCUAAAGAACUAAUUACACUGUACUCAAUGAAUGUGACAGACUUUACCUAGAAGAAAGAAACUGAAGAAGAAUUUAUCUAGUGAAGCUUGCUUUGAUGUGACAGAAAUUCCUCAGAAAGCAACGACAGCAAAUGAAUGCGGCAAUUGAAAUAGUGAAGUAAAACCAGCUACGGAAUUAUUAUAUUUGUUUGGGGUGGAGGGAAAAAGUAAAUGGAUUAGGAAUGAAAUGUGAUUAGCUCCCGUGCACGUCUGGAUAGUCUGCCAUAAAGGUGACAGUAAAUUAAAUGGCCAGUUAAGAGUAUGUAGCAGGAAUUUUUAACUUCGAAACAAAUCGUGUAACUAGAGAUCUCAGGUCACAGGUCCCUCGCUUCAGCAAGAAUUGACUGCAUUUCUACCCAGGAUGUUAAUUAUGGCAGACUGUCUUCGGAGACAAUAACUUCCCGAAUCGGUAUUAACCGACAGACUGUAUCUGAAAAGAAUAUUCUCAUCUUCAGGGUAGAAGAACACCUGCUCAACCUGGUUCAGUGCUCGCGGUUUUCUUUUCUUUUCUUUCUACCCUGAAGAUGGAGGCGAUACGUUCCUUUUAAACGUGGGUUAAUACAAUAUCUAAACGGUACCACAUCACAAAAGACGGCUUUCUUUAUAGUCACCGCCGUGAAGACCUCAAAUCUUGCAAAUUAAACUUUACCAGAAUGUCAGCUCCUUACGUAUAGCGAGAAAUACCCACUGGGUGGAAGAAAUAUUAUAUAAAGAUUAUUCAUUUAGUUCAAGCUUUGUUUCAAUUAAAUGCUUAUUUAAAGAAUACUGGAAAACUGAGCUUAAUAUUUUAACAAUGUCAUAUUAGGCUGAAAUCCUUGAAACUCCUGAAAACAAAGUGGCCCUACUACAUUUGAUUUCUUCAGAUGAAGGGCUGACCCUCCAAAUAAUACGUGUAAUUAAACCCUAAAUAUUCAGAUUUCUCUAAAUUAAAUAAUACUAUCCACUGAUAUGUAUCGCUGUGUGUCGCCUCCAUCUUCAAGGUCAAAGAAUAAGCCAAGCAAGGCACCAGCACAGAAGUCAGUACACUCCAUAAGAACCCCUGUGAGAACUUCAGGUCCUACAGCCUCUAAAUUGUUUACCACUGAAACGAAGCUAUAUACAAACACCUUAACACUGUUGCCUGGUGAAACCUAAUUUCUGUUACCCCUAUAUGAUUCUUCACCAAAAUUGUCUACUUUUCUGCCUACCUAAUUCAAACCUAAUUUCAACUGACCUAGGCUGUGCACAGAAGAUCUGAUUUCUGUAGCCUAGAUUCUUAGAUCUGCAUUAGAAGAGGAAGAUCUCUUAUUUAAGCCAUCGAUGUAGUUAGUGUGAGUAUGCAAACUCAACUGCGGUGCAUAUUCGCUGGUAAAUCGACAGACAAGCAGCAAAAGCCUUAUAUCCAGACUAUGUACCACAGAUCACUGCUAGGGAGGCUAAAUGAACCUGCAUGGAGGUUUGAAAACGGUAUCAUUAGGUCUACAUUUGUAUGAAACCUUGUGUUCUAAAUAGCCGAAGGCAAGUUACAAUUAAAACGCAGUCUCAAACACAAGAGAACAUGCUUUAGAAAAGAAGAGAAAUUGAUGGCAAUUUUGUUUUAGUGCUGAUGACACUGGUGUGAAUUACUUCUUGUUUUUCGUAUGUUAUGAACAUGGCAAUAUUACGAGAGACUUACACAAUGGCUAAUUUGUGUUCAUGCUCACAGAACGUAAUGUUAUAUUAAUUGAGCAUAACUUUAAUGUUGUUUCUGGCAUGUCAAAAUAAUAAUACGUUCAUUGACGACUAAUUCAAGGAAAAAGAAGUAACAGAUAUCUUUAUUGUUGUUGCAUGAUGAAGUUGUUAUGCAACUAAUCACCAAUAAGCAUACAUCGAACUGACAGUUCUAAUCUAAUUAUUAAGUAAUUUUAAUAAUUAGAAUGGUGUAAUAAAAUUAGUUGUAUAAUAUUUACGAAUUCGGGUAAUUUAUUCCUUAAAUUAGAAAUGCAAUCUAAUUUAAUAUUUCGUGAAUAUGUAUAAUUCAUUGAGGACAGAAUAAACGGAGUCGGAAAGUAAGGGAAAUUUUAACCCCGUGCCGCGUUAGUCUUUUGAUUAUAGUAUCGUUGUGGAUGUUGUAAUGAUAUCACAUAUUUCAUUUUGUAAAUAUGCAUGUAUAACGAUGUACCGGGUCUUUGAUUUAAAUACAGUUAACGUGUGUGACGUCACAACAUGUAGAGGCCUAACAUUCAAUUUUGAAGUAGUGGAUAUAUGUACAAUUCAUACUUUACAGGUGGUCAGACAACUUUAAGACACUCAUAAAGUAACGAAGCAAAUAAAAAUAUAUAGAAUAUAAGGGUCUGACAUAAAUUUAUCCGACAUCAUAUUCCUGUUUUUAUUUUAGUCUGAUGAGUUUGACAUCUCUUGGUUUACAUACAUGUGUAAACUUUCAUUACUGUAUAUGUAUCAGUUCCUUAUAAGAAUCAAGUCUGCACUCACAACAAAAUAUCACUGUGCCCUCCACAUGGAGUACACAUAAAAUUAUAAUAUUUGGCAUGCAAAGCUAUUAUUUCAGAACUAAUUACACUGCCUCAACUAUAUUACAAAGUGACGAAAUAUUUUUAUUUUCUUUUAUUAUAUUAAAUAGUUUUCAUGCAUUUUAUUCAUUUUAAGGCUGUUUCUAAAAGGACGUGGUAUUUUAUGUCUGUAAACAAGUUCUUAAACCAUGAGCUGUUUUGUGAGAGAAUUCACACAGUUCUAGUUCAGUUUCAUGUACAGUAGGGGUUAAGUAGAAUGCCGUCUUCUGGGAUGUGGCGCCGUGUAAAUAAUGUGUUAACUGACGUUUCGGAGGAACGUAUAUAAUAUUUACAAGGGACCACAUACCAGAAUACGGCAUUCUUCAUAGUCACCGCCGUGAAAACCUCAAACAUAGUAGUGGUUAAGUUCUGCUGUUCUAAAAAAAACUAUAUUUUUAAAAUUCUAUGGUAAAGAUUACCAUUUUUUUAAAUCUGCAAUAAUUUUGAAUAAAAAGAUAUAUAAAGACGGACGGAGAACUUUUCUUGCUUGUGAAUUCAGUGGGGUAAAGAAGAAAAACACGCGAAAACUCAAUUUCAAAGAAUAUAUGAAAAUACUAUCCCAUGCUGGCCUUUAUGGCUAUCUGAGCUACUCUGUGGGGGGUACUGAAAAUAUUCAGGAAGUUACCAUAAUUUAAUUAUUUAUAAAUAGCAUGCAUACCUGAUAGUCCGAACUAAUCAAAGCAAUGGCGUGUUUGGAGGAUCGAAUCGUUUGGAUUCCCUAAUUUCAGAUUGAAGAGACCAUUUUAGUAACUUUUUUAUUCAGAAGAAGAUACAUUUUGUAUACAAACAACGACCAGAACUCGCGGAUAUCCGAAUCCACGCCGGACGCGGUGUUGGGAAUUGAGUCUUCUUUUCCCUUUAAUUCUUGGCUUAUAAUCCAUGACUGCAUAUGCGUUUGCUCUACUAGUUGUUCCGAGCCAUUAAACACUUCCCCGCUGUGACGUAACAGUAGAUGUGCUGCUGGAGGGGACGUUUUCUACCUGUCUGAUUUGAAGUAUAAUAAGCAGAGCUGAGGACCGAGCUGUGGGCAGUGGCGUUGACAGAAGUCAGUGGUUAGCCAGCAUGGACAGUUCGACAGUUCUACAGUUGGACAUUCUAGUGAGAGUAGUUAACACGAAAGGACCGACUGUGAAAUGACUUGUUCAAAAUUUGUGUUAUAAUUACAUUGAAUUGUAGUUACGGCGUUGAUUAAUAAAGUGACGUCGCAAGAAUACGCCCCUCGAGGUCUUAUUUCACAACACGCGGAGCAAGCGGUAACCGAGUUACGCGUUUCACCAGGCGGAGUAAUAGGCUCACGAACACAUACUAUCAUGUUUCAGAAGAACUUAUUUUUACUGGGAGGAAGUAAAAUGACUAGAUCAAUUUGGUUUAUUUUUUGAGAUGCCCUUUUUUGUCUAGCUGUAAAUCACUUCGGAUUACUGGGAUUUCGGGUUACUAGGUGUUCGGAUUACCGGGUGUUCGGGUUACCAGGAGUUCAGAUUACCGGGAGUUCGGUUUACUGGGAGUUCUGAUUACUGGGUGCUCUAAUUACUGGGAGUUCUGAUUUCUGGAACUUCGGAUUACUGGUAGCUCUGAUUACUGGGAGUGCGGAUUUUUGGGACUUCUGAUUUUUGGGAGUUCGGAUUACUGACAGUUCGGAUUAAGGAGAGUUCGGAUUAAUGUGGUCUUCUCGGAUUAUGGAAGUUCCACUGUAUACUUAUCCAGGAGUUACACAGAUACUUACGAGUAUAUUGCAGGCAUGCCCAACUUCAAACAGGUUGUGAUCGACUUUUUAGUGUCAAAACUGCCAGUGAUCUACCACCCCCUCCUACCGUCG